AUCCCCCUGCGGCGGCACCACGGCAUGGACACGGUCCGGCUGGUCAGCCCAGCCAUGUCCGACAAACUCUCUCCGCCCACCAAAAUCACCAAGUUGCACUUAACCUCCGCCGACCUCGUCCUGAGCCUCAUCUCCUCCGUCUCCAUCGACGACGAUCCACUCCCGUGCCUCCCAUGCAUUCCAGAGUGAUUGCGUGAGUAGUAUUCUGCCGGGAUGGGGCGCGUGAAGCUGCAGAUCAAGAGGAUCGAGAACAACACGAACCGGCAGGUGACCUUCUCCAAGCGCCGGAAUGGCCUCAUCAAGAAGGCCUACGAGCUCUCCGUCCUCUGCGACAUCGAGAUCGCCCUCAUCAUGUUCUCGCCGAACCAACGGCUCAGCCACUUCUCCGGCAGGCGCAGGAUCGAGGACGUGAUCACGAGGUACAUAAAUCUCCCGGAGCAUGACAGAGGAGGAAUUGUCCGGAACAGAGAGUAUCUGAUGAAGAUGCUGGCGCAGCUCAGGUGCGAGGGCGACAUAGCCGAGCAACUCACAACCAAUAAAGUGCCAGUUAACUCCAACAUAGAGGAGCUUCAGCAGGAGAUCAGGAGAUACCAGCACCAGGUGCAGCUCACGGAGGAGCGCCUCAGGCUGUUCGAACCAGACCCGGCGGCGCUGGCGUCGAUGAACGAGAUCGAGGCGUGCGAGAAGUUCCUCGAGGACACCCUCGCCCGCGUCGAACAGCGAAAGAAACAUCUGCUGUGCAACCACAUGAACCCGUUCGACCCGUCGGCCUCGGACAUGCAGCACGUGUACCUGCCGCAGCAGCACGAGCAGCAGGGGGACAUCGGCGUCAGCGCGUUCGGGGGUGACGUCGCCUCGUGGUUCACCGACGGGAUACCGGCGUCGGUGCCGUCGAUGUUCGCCGGACCGGACCCCAUCAUGCCCUUCAGGGAGCCGGCGAUCUACGACUCGAUGCGGCGGGACCCGGGGAUGGCGGCGAUGUGCCACAUGGACCAGCACGGCCCGAGCGACGACUGGCAGCAGGCGUACACGUCGGCGGAGCUCCUCUCCGCGCUCAUCCCGUCCACGCCCUUCCCUCUCGACGACCAGGACGCCAUGGCACCUGUUCUGACACCCCCGAUGGCGCCGCCUCACAUGCACGAGCCGGUGGAGGCGGCGGGCAGCUCCUCGCACGCGCCGGCUGGGGAGGACGGCCUGAUCGCUGGCGCGGUGAACAUCGGCUGAUGCGCUGGCCGCGCUGAACCUUUUUCGCGCGUUAGCUGUGCCGCCGGCGUUAGCAAAACCUGCAUGACAGCACUGUAAGAACUGGUGCCUGCAACUUCUAGCUAUCUGAUCAGCAUUCAGCAAGACAAGCAAGUAAUGCGUUGAGAUGUUUUUGCAUUAAGAUGAAGGUGCCAUUUUCUAAUUUUCACAUGGAUCAUAUAUAGAUAAAAAAUACUAUAGUAAGCCCCUGUGGACAGCUAGUUAAUUUUCUCCUGAAAAACAAUCAA